AUGAUUUCCAACAACCAACUUAUCCAAACCAUCGGUUAUCUCUUUGCCGUCGUUAUUGCGAUAGCAUUAUCCGUCACGGUCUUCGUAAAGGACAUCCUCGCUCUUAUGACAUUCCGCGUAUCACCCUCUGUAACGCCGGAAUAUCCCCGCAUCGCUGUUAUGGUCAAGGUCGAAGUCACUACCACACAAUAUUCGACGAUUGAACCAUCCUCUUUGGUGUCUUCUGACUCUACCUUGGUCGAAGUAUCAUCACAAUGCUACAGCGGCUCACGGAUAGGCAAGCGUAAUCGCUUGUCCUAA